UAGGCAAUUAGCAAUUAGUGUUAGUACUUCAGUCUCCCCUGUUUGCUCAGCGGCAAUCGUGUUAGCUGCAGUCGUGUUAGCUGCAGUCUCAUCGCUGAAACAAAGACGAUUCUGUGGAGUUAUUCGGGAAAGAUAAGGUUACUGUCAUCAUACUGAGCACCCAGGUCCAGGGCGAGUGUGUUUCUGGACCCCUGGGUCUACAUCCUCCUGAGGAAGGCCAUCUUCAAGAAGCUCUUCCUGCUGGUGCACAGCUGCUGGUGCACCAAGUCCCACUCCCACCCUCUCAACCACUGGAAGUAGACCAACGGCACCUCCAUCAGCAGAAACGUUAGUAACAUGAACCAAGAAAAAUUAGCGAAACUUCAAGCCCAGGUCCGGAUAGGAGGAAAGGGCUCGGCACGUAGGAAGAAGAAGGUCGUACACAGAACGGCAACAGCCGAUGACAAAAAACUUCAGAGUUCGCUAAAGAAAUUAGCUGUCAACAACAUUGCUGGUAUUGAAGAGGUAAACAUGAUCAAGGAUGACGGCACGGUGAUCCACUUCAACAACCCCAAAGUGCAGGCGUCUCUGUCGGCCAACACCUUCGCUAUCACUGGCCACGCCGAGACCAAGCAGCUCACAGAGAUGCUCCCGGGCAUCCUCAGUCAGCUGGGUGCCGACAGCCUCACCAGCCUGCGUAAACUGGCAGAGCAGUUCCCUCGGCAAGUGCUCGACAACAAAGCCCCUAAAGCAGAAGAUAUUGAAGAGGAAGAUGAUGACGUUCCAGACCUGGUGGAGAAUUUUGACGAAGCAUCAAAGAACGAGGCAAACUGAUUGAUCUUCCCCUCAAGACCCAAAACAAGGAUUGGAAUUGCAAUUAAGAAAGGCGACUUCUCCUGUGUUUUAACUUUUAGCUAUGAAGGCAUAUCAUUUCAAACACUAUCCCGUCAACCGGAGACUUGUGUAUCUUGAAAUGGCCCACGGAUGCAGCCCUUAUCAGACUGGCUUGCGCACUUAAACUCCCAACACAUUGGUCAACAGUUCAGUACUUUGCACCACAUUGUCAGUCUCGAUCAGGAUUGCGGUGGUCUUUAAAAUAAAGCUAGUCUCAGAGGUUUUUUUUGUUUAUGAAACAAAAUAAAGGUGAUUAACAUUU